CGGACUUGAGCGGUUCCUGCAGCCCCCGAGGAUGUGCAGGAGCUGAGGCUGCCUGUCUGGAUACGCUGGAAAGAAAGGCAAACACUGGCUCUGGGCAGCCAGCAGGUUUAAUUCCGUUCUGCCAAGGAUCAGGAGUCUGGGGGCAGAGGAUUCACACCAAGAGCUUGAACGCCCUGGAGCUGCCGGAAUCCAGCUCCUGCUGGCGGAGCAGGAAGGGGUGUCUAAGGUUGGUUCUUGGGCCUUCCCGACCCUUCCUCACCCACCCAGGAUGUUUCAGACAGUCCCCGACACGUCGUCUUACGUCAAGCAGUUCCCAAGAAUGUAAACAAACCGAGGCCAGGACAUCUGGGUUACACGUUUAAUGAAAAUCCGCCAGCGGGGCGGGCCGAAGGAGGCUCUGUCGGUGGUGAGCGACGACCAAUCCCUCUUCGACUCCGCCUACGGACCGGCGGCCCAUCUCCCCAAAGCCGACAUGACCGCCUCCGGGAGUCCCGACUACGGCCAGCCCCACAAGAUCAACCCCCUCCCCCCGCAGCAGGAGUGGAUGAAUCAGCCCGUGAGGGUCAGUGUCAAGCGGGAGUACGACCACAUGAAUGGGUCCAGGGAGUCUCCGGUGGACUGCAGCGUUAGCAAAUGCGGCAAGCUAGUGGGCGGAGGCGAGUCCAACGCCAUGAGCUACAACAGCUACAUGGACGAGAAGAACGGCCCCCCUCCCCCCAACAUGACCACCAACGAGAGGAGGGUCAUCGUCCCCGCAGACCCCACGCUGUGGACGCAGGAGCACGUGAGGCAGUGGCUGGAGUGGGCGAUAAAGGAGUACGGCUUGAUGGAGAUCGACACAUCUUUCUUCCAGAACAUGGACGGCAAGGAACUGUGUAAACUGAACAAGGAGGAUAUCCUCCGAGCCACCUCCCUCUACAACACGGAAGUGCUAUUGUCACACCUCAGCUACCUCAGGGAAAGUUCACUGUUGGCCUAUAACACAACCUCCCACACGGACCCGUCCUCACGACUGAAUGUCAAAGAAGACCCUUCCUAUGACUCAGUCAGGAGAGGAGGAUGGGGCAAUAACAUGAAUUCUGGUCUCAACAAAAGUCCCCCCCUUGCAGGAGCACAAACAAUGAGUAAGAAUACUGAACAGCGGCCCCAACCAGAUCCAUAUCAGAUCCUGGGCCCGACCAGCAGUCGCCUAGCCAAUCCCGGGAGCGGGCAGAUCCAGCUGUGGCAGUUCCUUCUGGAGUUACUGUCGGACAGCGCCAACGCCAGCUGCAUCACCUGGGAGGGGACCAACGGGGAGUUCAAAAUGACGGAUCCCGAUGAGGUGGCCAGGCGCUGGGGGGAGCGGAAGAGCAAACCUAACAUGAAUUACGACAAGCUGAGCCGAGCCCUCCGAUACUACUACGAUAAAAACAUUAUGACCAAAGUGCACGGCAAGAGGUACGCCUACAAAUUUGACUUCCACGGCAUCGCCCAGGCUCUGCAGCCGCACCCCACCGAGUCGUCCAUGUACAAGUACCCUUCGGAUAUCUCCUACAUGCCCUCCUACCACACCCACCCGCAGAAGGUGAACUUUGUCCCUCCCCCCCCGUCCUCCAUGCCGGUCACUUCCUCUAGCCUCUUUGGAGCAGCGUCACAGUACUGGACCUCUCCCACGGGUGGCAUCUACCCCAACCCCAAUGUCCCCCGCCACCCAAACACCCACGUGCCCUCACACUUAGGCAGCUACUACUAGACGCUUCAUCACUGGUGGCCUUCUCGCUGAAGUCCCCUUCCUCACACUUCUUGUUGGACAUACGUGGCCGUGAAGAGAAAACGAAACUGGAUGCUCUUUCUUGUUGGAUAGAACCUUUAUACCUGUUCUUUAAAAACGAUUCUUUUUUUUUUUUUUUUUUUUUUUAAACGUUGGUAACUCCUGCUUCCUCUACCUUGAACAAAGAGAUGGAUAAUUCCAUGGGCCAGUAUGCCAGUUGGGAGUCUCAAUCUCCUGUCAGCCUAUGAGUUGAAUAUUUAGAUUACUGGAAUAGUUGUGUCAUGGGUCUGGGAAAGAAACUGUAGAUUUAUAUUUUUAGGACCAAAGCAGUUACUUAUCGACACACGGGUCUCGUCUUGGACCUUGAAGGGUUCAUAUGAUAAAGAAUCAUGGACUUAACCAGUUAUGCUCUGGUUUGAGACUUAGUGAAAAUAGAGGCAGGAAGCUUAUCAUCUUAUCUUAGGAAGACCUAACUCAGUGGAUAGCAAACUGGAACAUUGGUUGUAAGGCUAGUGAAGUUUUCACCCAACUGGAAUUUCAGAGAAAGAACAAGUGUGUAUUUAAGAAGCCACGGGCAUUGCAAAAUCUUUCUCAGUGGGCAGUAAAUAUGCACUAGGCUGACCAUUCUCUCUGGAAAUAGUCAAGAUAUGAACUAAGAAAUGUUAAUGCAAACGCAGACAUUCCUGAAAGCCAGAGAGUUAAAUAUCUUUUUUUUUUUUUUUUAAAUAAUGACAGUGGGUCCCAGAACUUUGAAAAGUCCUAGGGAUUUCUAAACACAAACAGAUUCGCAAGUGCUGUGCGCUUGUCAGAUCGGUCCAGGGUCCACCAACCAGAAGGCAACUUACUGUAUAAAUUAUGCAGAGUUAUUUUCCUAUAUCUCGCAGUAUUAAAAAUAAAUAAUUAAAAAGUGAAAAAGAGUAAAGAAACGAGUUGACCUCGGUCACAAAUACAAUGUUAACUAUCAAAUCAGUCGCUAUUUUUUUUUAAAUGUAAUUUGUACAUCUUUUGUCAAUCUGUACAUUUGGGCUGUUUGUAUGUUUUUUAUAGCUGGUUUUUUAAAAAGCAUAAUGUGACUUAUUGCGGAAAAGAACACAGGACAUUCAAGUCACUGACUUACUAGAAAGAGAAUCACUGGUGUUGUUAUUUAACAAGUGAGCAGAAGCAAAUCAAGGCAAGCUCUUUAAACCGUUCCUGCUUUGGAGAUGUUUGUAAAUAACCGAACUGCAGCAGUCAUAACUUGGAAAAGAACAACCAAACUUUCCCUUGUGGAUACAAGGGAUCUUCCUGCCUUAUAUAUGCAAUAUAUUUUUUAGAUAUUAAAAUAUAUAUAAUUUUGCAGGUAAUCAUUGACUUUUUUAAACUAUAUUAAGUGUUAAGCUGACAACUGUCAAUGAAGACUAUGUUGUACAAUAAUUUGACUAAA